AAAGCUUCAUGAAACAAAAUGGCUGCUGGACUCGCUUUGAAAACCAGGAACAAACUUUUUCCCUGCUCCCCUGCUCUGAACGAUGGAGCAAAGUACGAGUGAAACCCCUCAAAAAACAUUUACGUGCCAGUUGUGUGGUUUAGUUAGCCCUUAUAGUUACUACGGCCAGAAACCACCAAACACUAGAGCUAUUGUGUUGCUUGAGGAGUGUUUUGUGACUAAGGACCCCUUCACUCCGGACAAGGAGAAGUUUCUUGUUUUGGGGUCUACCUGCAGCCUGUGCAGCCUGUGUGUCUGUGUUGGAUCGGACUGUAGUCUUUUCUACACCAAGAGGUUCUGCAUGAAGUGUGUGAACAAGCACCUGGACCAGUUCCCCCAUCAGGUUCAGGCUGAGCUGGCCAAGAAGAAGCAGAGCUCCAGGGCUGCCAUCUCAUGACAUCGGAUGUCCAUAACCUGCUCAGGUGUUUAGGACAAUAAUAUAAAUAGCUAUCAUCAUUAAUCAUUUUUAUCAGCACUUUUUAUUAAACCCAUACCAGACCAAAUUAUAAAUUCAUCACGCUGAACAACAAAACAUCCUGUACUUUAUUAGCAUUGCUCUGGGUUAUUAUUAUUUAUGUGGGAAAUUAACACACACCCUUCAAAUAAUACUAGUUUAGGCUUGUAGCCAGUAUGUUAACCUGCUGCAUUAACCAGGUUUUAUUUAUUUCAUGUAGAGUUUUAUAGAAGCAAACAGCAGGUGUGACUAGUGUUGCCAGAUCCCUGCUGGACUGUGUUUGCAGGCUGAGAAUCAAACCUCCUAAUUAAAAAUCUGAGCGCCAUGCACUACAUGUGGGUAGUUGCCCUAAAGUUGCUCUACAUUUAUAAAGUAUAAGUGUGUUCAACUUUUUUCCAGUGGAGCGUUCUCUAUCAUUUCAACCCUAUGCUAUAUUAAUUCAUAUGGACAAGCAGCAUUAAAAUUACUGCUAAUAUAUGUGCCAUUAUUUCCAUGAUGGUCACUUCAGUCCACUGCUUGUUGAGCCCAUUUUGGCAAUUACAAAUGUAUGGCCCAGAAGAGCAAUGUGGAAGCAAUAGCAUAUCCUGAGACCAGCUGCUAGUCAGCCUGAAAACCAGAUUCAUGUUUCCACUGCUGUUGAAAUGGAAAGAAAUUAAUAAAUUGCCCACAAUUUCUCUUUGUACUUGA